AUGAUGUCCUCUCGGGCUGUUCGUUUGAUCCGUUGUGCUGUACCCCGUCAUGUACGAAGCUACGCUGAAGCUGCACCCAGUGGGGCGUCGGGCAUGAGCUUCACAUUCGCCUCCCCUAGCCAGAUCUUUUACAGUAACGCUAACGUGAAACAAGUGGAUGUUCCUACAACUACGGGAAUGUUUGGUAUCCUAGCAAGUCAUGUCCCAACAUUGCAAGUUCUCAGACCUGGACUUGUCACAGUGUUUGAUGAGAAUGGAUCUGCAACCAAGUACUUCGUGAGCAGCGGGUCUGUGACAGUGAAUGUAGAUUCCUCUGUACAGUUGCUGGCUGAGGAAGCAGUAAAGCUGGACAUGUUGGAUCCAAGUACUGCAAAGUCAAACUUGGAAACGGCACAGGCAGCGUUGCAGAGAGCUGGAGAUGAAGUAGCAAAAGCAGAAGCUCUAGUUAAUGUGGAGGCAUGUGAAGCCAUUGUUAAAGCCCUAGAAUAA